AUGGGCAAGAAUCGUCACAGCAAGGACCGGCUGUUCAUCACGCAGACCGAGCACAAGUAUCUCUACGGCGGCAAGAAACAAGAGAUUCGCCGUGCCUACAAGCGUCUGCCAUUUAACUGCUGCGCCAUCACCCUUUGCCCCUUCACGAACCCGGUGUGCACACGCGAGGGCCACUUGUUCGAUCUCGAGGCAGUCGUGCCAUACGUCAAGGAACACCAGAUCAACCCAGUGACGGGCAAGCCGCUGGCACUUAAAGAUCUCAUCCAGUUACACUUCAGCAAGAACUCACAAGGAGAGUAUUUCUGCCCCGUAACCUACAAGGUCUUCACUGAUAACACCAAGAUCGCCGCUAUCGCUACUACGGGCAAUGUUUUCUGCUAUGAGGCAGUCGAAGAACUGAACAUCAAACCAAAGAAUUGGACGGACCUCAUUUCCGGCGCAAAGUUUAAGCGCAAAGAUAUCGUCAUUCUCCAGGAUCCGCAAGACUUUUCCAACCGUGAAAUCGAAAACUUCGAGCAUCUACGGCGUGCGAAAGCGAGCGAAAACAAUACUUCAACAACAACCGCAACUCGGAAUAUUCGCACGAAUGCCGCGACAGACCGCAUUCUCCAAGAGCUGGAAGCUAAGCGAGCGGCACAGAAGGAGCUAGCUGACAAGAUCAAACGUGGAGCUGAUGGCGUGAGUGAGAAAGACAAGAUUGUGGCUUCACUAACCCACAGUAACGUGUCCAAGGAGGAAGAAACAGCAGCAAACAAUGCGGCGGGCUCACGGAAGCUGCAGUAUUCGCAGUUCACUGCUGGUGAUUGUUCAAGUUCAUUUACGUCCAGCGUGAGAGCUCCUGUAACAAUAAAUGCGAAGGCGUUAGCCUCUGAUCAGGAGCUGCUCGAACGAAGAUGGCAGGCUGUUCGGAAGCUGAAGAAGAAAGGCCUCGUCCGCCUGGAGACAACUCUCGGCGACAUCAACCUGGAGGUUGAUUGUGAUUUCGUUCCACAAACAGCAGACAACUUUAUGAGCCUGUGUCAGAAGAAAUACUACGACGGCGUCCUAUUCCACAGGGUCAUAAAGGGUUUUAUGAUGCAAGGAGGAGAUCCGACGGGCACAGGCCGAGGUGGCGAAUCCAUUUGGAAGAAGCCGUUCCGUGAUGAAAUCGACAGUCGAUUGUCCCACGACUCGAGAGGUGUGCUGAGUAUGGCGAAUUCCGGACCUGGAACGAACAACUCGCAAUUUUUCAUUACUUUCAAAGCAUGUCCGCAUCUGGACAAGAAGCACGCGGUAUUUGGACGGGUUGUGGGGGGGAUGGGUGUGCUGGAUGUCAUUGAGCACGUGGGGACUGGGGCUGAGGACCGCCCUAUCGAGGAUGUGCGCAUCAAGAAUGUCCAGGUAUUCAUUAACCCGUUCCAGGAGUACGAGGAAGCACUAGCGCAAGGCUUGGAUGCCGUGCAGGUUGCCAAAGAAAAGGCGAUUCGUGAGGCAAAGCCUCAGGUGCAAGGAACUGUCCUAAAAGUUGGCGGCAAAUGGGUUGCCUAUGACGAUCUUGGGGAAGUAGAUGUGGCAAGCAUUCCCACAAGCGAAACCACCAAAGACGAGAACGUUGGGAAGUAUUUGAAGACCAAGUCGGACACCUCGAAGAAGCGAUCGCUAGAACCAGCAAUGCCUGUUGCCAUUGAAAGCAAAAAGAAAAGCAAGAAGCAGUCGUCCAGUGGGUUCGGCAAUUUUUCUCAGUGGUGA